AUGACAACAGACAAUGUAGCACACGCGUCCUUCUUGGCCGUCCUGGGCGCCUCGGCUGCCAUGGUCUUCAGCGCUCUCGGUGCAGCCUACGGCACGGCGAAAAGCAGCGCCGGGAUCGCAGCCAUGUGCGCAGGGCGACCCCGGCUUAUCGUGAAGUCCAUCGUCCCCGUGGUCAUAGCGGGCAUCGUCGCGAUCUGCGGGCUGGUGGUGGCCGCGCUCAUCACCCAUUCUCGCACGGCCGGGCUCAGCCUGUUCAAGAGUUGCCUGCUGCGGGGGGCCGGCCUGAGCGUGGGCCUCGCCGUCAGCACCGUGGGCUACGCGGGGGUGCGGCGCACGGCGCAGCAGCCGCGGCUCUUCGUGGGCAUGAUCCUGGGCCUCGUGUUCGCCGAGGUGCUCGGUCUCUACGGCCUCGUCGUGGCCCUCAUUGUCUCCACCAAGUAGCCCCCACCCCCGAAGCCACAGAGUAUGAUGCAGAGACCAGUCUUGACCACCCCGUGCCUCCCAAUUCCUCCACUAAUGGCCUGACACUGGGGACAGUUGUCCGACCCGCAGUAGGUCUUGUAAACGCGCAAUGUCUUCGUGACGCUUCCACCUGUGUCCACUGCACCGGACUGGACGGAGCCAGACUGGGCCCCGCUGGGGCGGAGGCCUCCUGGGCUCGGCUAGGCAGCCGUGCAA